AAUAAUUUUCCUUCUCAUUAAACUCGAGAAGGACUCCAUCCACCAAUGCUAAUCCACCCAUCAUCAUCCUAAGAUUAAGGUUCGAGAAGGAAGGAAAGGGCAUGGAGAACGCAUAAGGAUUUCAAACACAUAUUGAGCGAAACCUUGAGCUGGAAAGCAAGACUCAAAAGGAAAUCGUCACAUUUCCACAUUCAAUAAUAAUAUCACAGACAAAGAGACGUCAUCUUGCUCAACCUCUCAACUUGAACUGCUCGGAUCACGAUGCAAAACAUUGACGAUAGUCCAACACGCGAUGCAUCUUCUCCGCCCAUCAAGAGAGGUCCAGGUAGACCACGUCUAAAUCGUAACGCUGGCAGUCCUCCGGCUGCAUCCACUUCACCUUCUACACCUCGUCAAUGGGCUCAAUUACCAAACGUGUCCAAUCAGAAUGGUGCAGCAGCAGGAGGCAAUAGCAGUGGUGCAGCAGAGCCAUACGUUCCUCCUCAUCUGCAUCCGGCCUACAGAGGUAGAGGUAGACCGCCAUUGGCGUUAGGAAGAAGGAUGGGUCAAGGCCCACCUGUAAACACGGCCAAGAAGCCUUCAAAUUCAUCCCCUACACCUACUUAUACCUCCUCUCCUCAACUUCAUCGUGCUCCACCGCAACAUCAUUCACACAUACAACAUCCCAAUCAAAGCAAUUCUCUACCGCCUCAUGCAGGACCCUCUCCGGUUCCACGUCAAAUGCUUGCUCAUGCACAAAAUGGAAUGUCGCAGAGACCUAGGCAUCCAUUAGACGGUAAAGAGCCAACAUAUCUUGCACCCGGACCAAACAAUCGAUUGUUGCUUUCUCUCAAAAGUGGAAUUCCAUCACACAUCUCAUGGGCUCUCUCACGCUUAACAUUCACUUCAAUGCACAAUGUUGAUUCGCUUAUUUUGGAUCAAUUUCCUGGCUUGCUUGAAGCUUUGAUGCAAUUUCCCAAAAGACUUGUUUAUGCAACCAAUGGAGACAAUGCUCAGCUUUGGGACCCGCAGUAUUGGGAGCAGCCCGAACGCGAAUAUGAUGGACUUGGCGUGGUGUAUGGGUCAAGUUCGGCUGAAAGCGAUGAGGACGAUGGCAGUGAUAGUGAUGGCGAAGGUAUGAGCAACAAAGGAGGACAAUUAGUCAAAUUUAAUCCUGUCAAAUUUCAGCCUCACAUUCUUGCCUCUCAUCAGAGAAUACUCGACUAUGCCGUUUCUGCUUUGUUGGUGCUGCGUAAUGCUUCCCUAUUCGACCGGAACGAAAAGGUGUUCCUACAACACUCAAGACCGCUAAAUGCUAUCAUUUGCAAUAUCCUCGCUGCACCGCAGAAUGUGCCAUCCUAUGCAGGUCCACAAGAAUGGAACGAGCAGCUGGGUAUGCAUGAGACUCGUGUAUAUGCCCUUGACAUUUUGGAAGUAACCAGAACCCGAAUCCAUGUCAGAAGACGAGCUGCCGUGCAAUUCGAUCAACAUGGCGUACCAAUCAAACAGCCAUCCUUUUCCGAUUUAGUCGAAGCAGCUUCUGCAGAAGCUGAAUCACUUAGCAAAGAAGAUGGAGCAGACACAGCCGCAAAUAUCAAGAGAUCUACAGCUGUGCAUGUUUCCGAUCAUCUUUUCAGCCUUUUGGUUUGGCAGUUGCACACCACUGAUGAUCGUUCAGUUUUGAUCGGAUGUCUUCGAUGCUUGGGUGCACUUGCAGCAGAUGAACGGAACGAGAAGGUGUUCUUAGAAGUGGAUAUACCAACUGUGAAUACCGGUGAACCUGGACCAAUCAAAAGGGUAUCAAGUCCAGGCAUUUUGCGUAAAUGUCUAUCGCUUCUACCGCUUACACAUGAUCUUGCUUUGCUGGAUUCUGCCUUGGAUUGUCUCUUCCAGAUCAUUAAUUUAUCUGAUAAUUCGUUACGCCUUGGUGCUGCCACCCUUGAAACGACUGCAGACGGUAAGGGACCAUCACCUCUAUUUUUGGGAACGGGCUACAAGGAUGCUUAUGCGGACGAAGAAUAUGGCCGUAGCAUUGGUGAUGUGCGUUCGAUCGUUCGCUAUUUGGCUCGCGAUUUGAUUUACGGUCGUGUCGUAUGGGAUAGAGUACAUCAAUUGGUUCUUCAUCCUGCAUUGCAUGGUCAUAUUCCGAGUGCGGUGAACAGUAGAAGAAGAGAGAAAGACGAAAUUCUUCGACUUCGCAAGAAAGGUCGUGAAGGUGAACCUAAAGAUCGUCAACGCAGAUUGAACAAAGAAGAAUGGCUAAAACAAAAAGAUUUACGGGAGCCUGAACGCCUGCGAACUUGGAUGCGUACCAUCUACGAAGCAAAGGAAGAUGGUGAAGUGACGCAAAUGGAAUUUUGGACAACGUACAGCUCUCAAUUUGGUCCUUACUCGCAAUUGGGCGGUCCACCUUUGCUCCCUGCAGCAGAAGUGAUCAGAGCAGUUUCAAACAUCUUUCCUGGUGCACUCGCAAUGGUCUUACCCGACAAGCGCUUUAUCGUAAGAGGCGUUCAGCCGAGAGAGCUCCAACUCGCAUCAAAGUUUGAAUGUCGUUGGAAAGGUUGCAAUCAAUCUGAAACAGACACAUAUGCAGCAGUAGAAACACAUGUUCGAAAACACAUUGUUGAAAGUGAUGCAAAACGUUGUCAAUGGGCAUUCUGCACGUAUGAAGUGCCCGAGAAAAUCAAAGAUCCAUCAAAACAUCUACACAAGCAUGCAUUGACACACGUACCAGACACUGAUGAAGAACAGCAAGAACGCGAUACUGCGUUGCAACGAGCUCAAUACCUUCAUGAAGUUCGACAAAAGAGUUCGAUGAAAAGUGAUCCAAUUUCCAUCACAACAAUGCCAAACGGAGCCAGAUCGAUCACGGGGCUUUCAGCAAUGUCACCAAAUGAUUUCGUACAAAGUGAAUGGCGUAAGAUUGAACAAGAAAGGUUGGAUGCAAUCAGACGAAAAAAGCUCAAUUUACCAACCAGGGGAACGGUCGAUCUGCCUGAUUACCUCACUUUUCACGUCACACGUACGCCGAUGGAUCCGAAUACUCAAAAACCAAUUGGAGUUGCUUCAACGGCCGCUUUGAUCUUACGCACUCUUGCCAGGAAUGCAGCUAAUGUAUUGAUGAAAGCUGGACUACGACAAGAACGAACGCGCGCUGAUGGAGAUGUAAGUGAUGAAGAGGAUGUUGAAGAUUUGACCAAGCUAAGCGAUCGGUUCGGAUUACCUCUACCGCCCACAACCAAAGAAGCAGAAAGACAUAAUGAAGAUGUUACUAUGAAUGGUGUCGCAGAUUCUUCUACCGGUCAAUGGACGAUCGCAGCGGCCAAAAGAAUCAUGGACAGCUUGGUGGAUGUGGAAGAUGAUUUAAUGCAAAUUGCAAGUGAGAAUGAUAUCUUAUGUCCAACGCUCAAUGAAGUUUUAACAGAUCUUUUGGCCGAACCAGGAGAAUCUGUUAUCGACAGAAAGCGUAAAACAAUUGCGGAUAACUUUGAUAGUGUUGUUGAUGUAGAUAUGCGAUGGUGAAAUGUAGAAAAUACAAUGAAAUGUAUGAAUAGCCAUAGAUCAAUUUGUAU